GGCCGUGGUGGAUGUGGUGCCGAGUGUCAGCUGUCUCCGUGCUGGCUGACACUUGCCUGCCUCCUUUUAACCAUUUAUUGUGCAGCCAUGAUGGACGGAAUGGAAGACGUGCUGCCCAGCGAGACGAACGGAACUAAGAGUGGGAGAUCAGACACUGUGGACCUGAAUGACAGCACUCUGCAAGUUGAUAUUUCUGAUGCCUUGAGUGAGAGGGAGAAAGUCAAGUUUACCGUCCAUACUAAAACGACCCUGCCAGAUUAUGCCAAACCAGAGUUCUCAGUGGUGAGGCAACAUGAGGAGUUUAUUUGGCUCCAUGACCGGUUUGACGAAAAUGAAGACUAUGCUGGCUACAUUAUCCCUCCUCCUCCUCCCCGACCUGACUUUGAUGCCUCCCGGGAGAAACUUCAGAAGCUGGGAGAGGGUGAGGGCAGCAUGACCAAAGAAGAGUUCAGCAAGAUGAAGCAGGAGCUGGAAGCGGAGUACUUGGCCACCUUCAAGAAGACAGUAGCAAUGCAUGAAGUGUUCCUCACCAGAUUAGCUCAGCACACAGUGUUCAGAAAUGACCACAAUUUUAAAGUUUUCCUAGAGUAUGAACAAGAUUUAUCGGUCAGAACAAAAAACAAGAAGGAAAAGGUUGAGGGACUCUUCAAGAGCUUCAACAAGUCAACAGAUGAGAUUCUUUUGGCAGCAACACAGAAAGAUGUUGAUGAUUACUUUGAACGUGAGAAAACCUUUCUCCUUGAGUACCACAUGGCAAUCAAGGAUGCCACAACUAAGGCGGAUAAGAUGACCCAGGCACACAAAAGUGUGGCUGACUCCUAUAUACAGCUCUCAUCAGGCCUCUCACAGCUAGGGACGAUUGAGGGACCAAGACUAGAGAAAUUUAUCAACAAAGUGGCCGACACAUUUGAAAAGGCCAGGAAAGUGGAGGGGCGGGUGUCAUCAGAUGAGGACCUGAAGCUGUCGGACACACUGCGUUACUACGUAAGGGACGGGAGUGCUGCCAAGGAUCUGCUGUACCGCCGCCUCAGGUGUCUGGCCAACUAUGAGCAGGCCAACAAGAACCUGGACCGUGCCAGAGCCAAGAAUAAGGACGUGCAUGCUCCGGUGGACGUUGCUGACGCUGAGCUUGCCCAACAGAAUGCCUGUGAGAAGUUUGAACAUAUUUCAAACAAAGCCAAGGAAGAACUGAAUGACUUAAAGGCUCGCCGUGUAACAGCAUUUAAGAAGAACCUUAUUGAAUUAGCAGAGUUGGAGCUGAAGCAUGCCAAGGCACAAGCUCAACUGCUGAAGAGCUGCCUACAAAGCCUGCCAGAAGAGUGACACAACCUCCAGGGAAGGGAGCAAGAAGAGGAGGCUGAGUCAUGUGUGGAGAAGAAGCUAACCAUGUUUCACUUUUCUGGGCUACAAAAUGGCACUGUUGGUAUGAGUUCAAUGAGUAUCACAUGCAAACACUAAUAGAGUAGUGAAUGGAUGUGUGGUGUGAAUGUGAGUGUCUCUUGUCUGCAUAGUGUGUGUGAGUGGAGGCAAGCACUGACCAGGGGUGUUACUGCAUUGAUCUGUGAAUGCUUAUUAUAAAGGGUUUACUGUGAUUAUCAUUGAUUAUUGUUGUGAAUUCUUAUGACAGGUGGUGUCAAGGGCACAUGUGUGAAUGUAGGUACUUGUCUGUUAACAUGGAUGUUAACUGAGCAGUAAAGCACUGUAUGGUCAAGAAUAAAGUUUUGUGGAAUUUCAGAGGAAAUUCAUCCUGAUGCUUGUGUGUGUGUGUGUGUGUGUGUGUGUGUGUGUGUGUGUGUGUGUGUGUGUGUGUGUGUGUGGUCUAAAAGGAAAAAAAGUAUAUAAUAAUGCCUGUUGCUGAGAGAAUCUUGGAGUAAAGGGUAACAGAAAGCUCAGCAUUUUGAGAAAGUAACAUGUUGCAAUGUUUCUGUUACAGCCACUUCCCUUGAGUGGCACUUGAAAAUAUCAUUUCCUGGUGCAUAGCUUGUCAUUUUGUAUUGUAAGUACUAGAUUGUAUGCAUUUGGAGAUCUGACUUUGAGCCCUUUUUCUUUUUUAAUGCUUUUUGAGAGGAGAGGUACAAUGGACUGGAUAGACAGAAUACUAAUCAGGUGUUUUUUCUAGAAAAUUAAUGGCCUGAGUAUUCCAAAGCAUCACAUAUUUUCUUACGCAGUGUUCCUCAGAGUUAUUGUACAUCUGGUUUGUAUAUAAUUCCAUAUAAAUAUAUAAAUAUAUAAAUAUAGAUAUAUAUCUCACUACUAUUUGAAGAUAGGAUGUGCUGUACAACUAUCUGGUAGGGCUUUUUUUUUUGCACGAAUGCCUUAUCAUGCAUCUAUCCUGACACUUAAUUACCCAAGGGAAGGUUUUCAGUCUACCCAGGACUCUUUAAGACAUUUCAAUUCAUAGUGUUACCUUAUUGGAGGCUUGUCACCUAAUGCAGGAAUCAUGAGAUGUCUCCAGUCACACUGUUACCCGAGGGGAGCCAUCAGACAUGCCUAAGUCACAGUAUUACUCCACUGCAGCGUGUUAGUCAACCCUCACCUCACAAGACAUCUCCAUUCACAUUGGUAGAAAAUCAACAUUUAUAUCAUCCUUCAUGAUUCCAACAGAUAUUACACACACAGUUGAAGAAUCUUUUGCUCAAUUCAUGUUAAUUUCAGGUUUUGAAAGGAAUUCCACAACACUAUGAUUAUGUGCGUCUUAUAGUUGUAGCUUAUUUGUUUUCAUAUAUUCCUUAUAUGAGUUGUUGAAUAUUAUAUCUUUUUGAAUGGUAGAUAUAUCACUUGAGAAUCAUGAUCAGCUGAGUCUUGUGUAAGAUUCAUAGGCUUUGUGAAUUGUCUUCUGUUGUCCUCAGGAGUGAACAUGGGGAGAGGAAUGAAUGGACAGGAAGGAGUCAGCAUUAGAAUACUGUAACUGACAUGUGGUGAAGGCAUGAUGGGAUUUAUGGGAUAUCAGUUAUAUUUUCUUAGGCUGUCAAUUCUGUGAGUAUCACAAGACUUAGUUCAUGACUUUUCUCUUGAGGUGGUGCAGCCAGUAACCUCAUUGCUGUUGAUUAUGGAAGUGAACAUUUUUACUGCAUACUGAAAUCUAUUUGAAAUUUGUUAAGGUUUUUAUAUCUGUGAUUUAAGAAGUGUAUGUAUUAAAGGUAUUUCAGGAUAUAAAUAAUAGGUAUUGUUUAAUACA